AUGCUACUGAACUGGCAUAUUGGCUUGGCUUGCUUUUGCCUUUCCUUUGUCUCAAUUUGUUUAAAUCUGCUCAUCUUCAUCCCUGUAUUUAGAUUUGCUUUCUUUGGAAAGAAAAGCUCCAUCUAUUUAAUUGCAUUUUUCAACAUAAUCUCUGACUUACUGCAGCUUUUUGUGGCAUGUUUUCACAGUUCUCUUUCUAUAAUUUUUGGACGUUACGUACUCACAGGAGCAAGAAUUAACAAUUUGAGUGUGUUUUUUGGAUGGAUUCACAUGAACGGGUGGUUUAUGGAAAGUCUUGUACAGCCUGUGAUGGCACUCAAUAGAUUUGUCGUAAUUACUCUGAACAAGAACAAUAUUUUCACAUUUCAACGAACAAUCUUUAUCUUCAUCAUUCUUAUAACUUUGACUUCAUUUUCUGCUGCAUGUAUUCAAUACUUUUUACCGUGUUGUGUUUUAAUUGUUGACAUCGAUAUCAUGUCCUACAUGUUUUUGAGCAUUGAGGGAGUUCAUUCAUACUCUAACGACAUUUUGUUAGUCUACGAUGUCUUUUGCACAUCCAUAUCCACAUUUUGCUAUGUGUCCGUAUUCAUUUAUAUCCGCAAUGCAAAUAGAAACGUUGAGGACAGUGUUCAGAGUAACAAAAGAAAACAAGAAGCACGGUACCUUUUUCAAUUUGUUUUCAUUUCCAUUUUCUAUGUGGCUGUAUGGAUAUUGUUCCAAAUUCUCCCGUAUAUUGUUCCGGCAGACCAACCGAUUUGGUUCUCGUCGGUUCCAUUUUUGGUCACACUGAACUGCUCUUCGAAUUCUGUAAUUUAUCUGAUGUACAACACAGAGUUGCAAAAAUCAUUGAAAUCAUGUUUCUGUCGAAAAAAUGGACAAAGCGUGGAAUCGAUUGUUCACCCCACUCGCACUUUAUCUACUCAAUAA